AGAUAUGUAUAAAAGAAUUUAAAUUAGAUUAUCCUGGCAAUAGUGUUUGCAGCGUCAACACUACUAGAAGCAGAACAAUGUCCAAGUUAUUCCUUUGUGUAUUUUUCCUGUUUUUGGCGGUUCAGGAUGCGAUCAUGCACUCCUACCAUCUGGGCGCAUGUCCUACCAUUGAACCAGCGCAAGAUUUUAACAUGAACAGGAUGUUGGGUAUUUGGUACGUGAUAGAAAAGACCAGCACGGCUAGCACUUGCAUCGUUUACAACAUAACAAGAACCGAUGAACCGGAGGAAUACCAGAUCGAAGAAAUCAGCCAACAUUUCCUUCUGGGACUAACACCUCUAAAGCACGGAUACCACUACACCGGCACCCUAAAAGUGCCAGAUAGUGCAGUACCUGCCAAAAUGACAGUUAAAUUUCCACUCAGCGUUGCUGGAUCGUCAUCUUUUACAGUAUUUAUGACCGAUUAUACCACCUAUGCCGGAAUUUUCACUUGCCAAAAACUUACGUUUGCCCAUAGACAGUCUGCAACUAUUCUAUCACGUACCAAAACUUUGGACAAGAUCUAUAUUGACAAGUUAAGGAACAAACUUGCCCAAGCCCAGAUCGACCCCUACGACCUAUCCAUCAUCAGCCAAAAGGACUGCCCCCAGAACCUGACCGCUGGGUAUAACAUCAACAUAAACGACGACACCAUCUCGGCUAAGGCGGCAGCCAAUGUCAUAAGAACAGCCGGUGAUAAAAUAGGAGACGGAGUUGAGUAUUUAUCGGGAAAAGCCAAAGAUGUCUACCACAAAGUAUCGGAUGACAGUAGGGAAGAUCGUACCGUAAAACCCGCUCGACAAAUAAACGAUCCCGAAGCAGAGUGGCUACCUUAAAUUUAUUACUACUUUUUAGGCUGGCUGUAUUUAUUUAUACGUAACAAAAAUCUUCACCUCUAGUCAUUGCCGAUUUUCAGACAGCCGAAAUUGUGUUCUACUUUACGUAGAUGUGCCAAAUAUUACGAUUCCUGUGUAAAGAUUAUGUUAAAUAAAUUUUUUGAGUUUCA